AUGGCAUUUGCACGAGAAUUAUCUAAAUCAAGUACCUCUGUUCGUCCUUUACCACUACGAGCAGCAGUAGUACUUCAAGUAGCAGCACUACCACAACCACCACCAGUAGUACCACAAGUAGCACUACCACCACCACUAGUGCUACACCAAGUAGCAGCAGCACUACAAGUAGCACUACUACCACGACCACCAGUACCAGUACCACCACGAGCAGUUGCAGCUCCACAAGUAGCAGUACUUCAAGUAGUUCUACCACCACCACCAGUAGUACAUCAAGUAGCACCACUACCACUAGCAGUACUACUACGAGUAGUAGUAGCACUACAAGCAGCAGUACAACAAGUAGUAGCAGUACUUCAAGUAGUACUACCACAAGUACCAGCAGUAUCUCAAGUAGCACUACUACCACCACCACAAGUACUACAGCGAGCAGUAGCAGUACCACAAGUAGUACUACCACUACCAUUAGCAGUACCUCAAGUAGCACGGCUUCCAUCACAACUUCUCAAAGAUUAG